AUGCCGGCCACAGCAUCCAUCCGGGUCGUCAUGACAGCGACCGCCGCCCUGAUGACUCUUCCAGGAGUAGUGGCUGCGCUCAACGACGUUCCCUACGUGUUUGACGUCUCCGACCAGUCGCCCCUUUGCAAAUACACCCCCGACCCCAACAGUACGGCCUCAAUACCUGAUCCCUCGAGAGGUUGGGCCGUGAGCUAUACGGGAAGCACAGGGUCUUGGCAGCCGAACUCGCAAGGCGUUGGCACGUCGGCCCACACGACAAGCCAGACGAGCGCGCAAAUCGAAUUUCUCUUCGUUGGAACCGGUGUGACAUUCUUCGGCACGAUGGAUUCAGAAGCACUUUUGCUAGCAGUCGACGGUGUUACAGCGAGGGGCACUCCAGAAAGUGGAGCACUGCUUUCGAUGUCAGGCUUGAACCUUGGGACACACAGCGCGUUGAUCACUCGCAACCCAGGAAACCCAAACUCUACGCCGGCAUCCAUCACUGGCGCACGUGUGACCACGACGAUAUCUUCCGAGGCAACAUCAUUUGAACGCGUUCGCUACGCCGACAUGGCGACCAUUCAAGACGGUAACAUCAACCCAGAGUUCUCGGGCUGGAACGUGGUGGAGAACGGCAAUCUGUGCUCGACGAGUUCGGGCACUGUAAUGCAGAUCUCGGUUCCCUCCAACGCCGCGUUCCUGGAACUGUGGGUUCCAUCUGGUUUCAAGGGUGGAGCAUUCAGCGUUGCCGUUGACCCAGCUCCUCCAAGUGGGCCAGUGUCUCUCAUUCUCAGUAGCAGCUUCAACUUCUGGGAAACCUCCCCCGAGAUUGCAUACUUUGCAAAUUUGGAUCCCGCAGUCAAAUACACAGCCCAGGUCACGAACAGAGGCGCCCAGCUCUUAUGCCUUCAGAAGGCCAAGGUGUACUUUAGCGAUGGGGAGUCGACUGCGCCAGCACAAUCGGGAAGCUCAAGUACUCUGGGACCCAACGCAAGUGGCUCCGCGACGAAUGCAGCGGGCUCGUCCACCGGCACAGCGAACGGCUCAAGCGGGAUCAAUGCAUCGGGUGGCGACAGUGGCUCAAGUGCCAGUAACGCCAGUGCAGGAAAGAAGAGCCAAGCAGGCGCGAUUGCUGGUGGCGUUGUUGGCGGCCUCGCAGCACUGGCGGCGAUUGUGGCCCUCAUCUUCUUCCUGCGCCGCCGGAAACGCAAUGCGCGAAGCCGGCAGCAGGCAAUGUACAAGGCGACGUCGAGGACGCGCGACCGACCAGGAAGCUGGCAGCCGUUCUUCGGGACGGGGACGCUGGACUCGCAGGGCAGCCGCGCGAGCAAGGAGUUUGAGCUCACUCCGCCAUCGUUUGCGGGAGACAAGUCGAGCCGACACACCUCGAUGCAGACAUACGACAGCACGACGGGAAGUACGCCAAUGACGCCGCCCGUGGGCGAGUUUGGGGCGCCCAUUCUCCCGCCUGACGAGGUGUCCAAGUUUACGCCUGCGCCGUACAACCACUUUGCGGGGUCGCACACGUCCAUCCCCUCGCAGAGCAGUCUCCGGCCAAUUUCCGAGUUGCCGCGGGCCAUCCCGCGCGGGCAUAGUUUCGCGCCUGCAAAUACGAUGUUUGCAGCAGCGGGCACAGGCACUGCCGCCUCUACGGCCCGCUCAGCGCUGAUGUCGGCCAGCUCGGACACGGUCGACAGCUUGCCCCCCGGAUGGCCGAGCCCGCCCACCUCCCCUCCACGCCCUGGACCACGGCCACCACCCCGGAAACACAUGAGCCGGGGGUCGCUAUCGCCACCGACAUCACCGACCCAACAUCCCGUACAAACCAUGCCGUCCUUCAGGAGCCCGGAGCAUCAGUUCGACGACUAG